UGUGGCAGCUUUACAUAUUAGACCUAACCUGGUUUACUGCGUAUGCAUGGAACAUCUCACACACUCACAGGAGGAGCAGGAGGCAAAAAUGUACACCAGCGUGAGCUAGGAGCCGGUGAGCUGUUAGUCAUGAGUUAGCAGCUCCAACCCACUGGGUGAUUUUGAGGGGAAAAAUCCCUUUCUAGAGGGUUUCAUUGAACCGAAAUUUCCUUUCAGAGAUGCAAAGCUUCCUUUAUUUAGGGCUGCUUAUGGGAUUCGUCUGGUCAACAUGGACCAUUUCUAGCACUUCAGCAGCAGAUGUCACAUACAGAAAUAAAUCCUUAUAUGAACAACGAUGUAACGUCUCUGAAGGAGUCCAUGGUUUGAGCUGCUUUGGGCGACGGGCUACAAAUACCAUUAUAAAAUACAACUGCACAUGGAGUCCUGGACAGUAUGAUAAAUAUAGUCUCUUCAUAAAGCAGAGGAUAAAUUUUUCAACACAUUCACGGUCAAAAUUUGUGAUAUCCAAACCCCUUACUAUAAUAAGUACGAGAAACAUUGAUGCCUCUGCCUUUGCGCUGAGUGAUGAUGAAAAAAGAUGUGUCUUUGCAAAAUUCAGCGGCCAUCCAAUGCAAAUAAUACAGUGUGGUCCACCGAAUAAUGUGACUUUCAAGAGAAGUUAUGGUCAUUUGAAUGUUACGGCUGAGUGGGAAGACAGUAAUGUGAAACAGUAUCAUUUGAAGUACAGAGAACUCAACACCACUGUGUGGAAAGAGGUGAAAUCCCUGAACAGCACAGACUGCACCGUGGGUGAUGUCGUCACUUCUCAGUCGUAUGAGAUGCAAAUACAGUGUGUUGUAACUACAGCGUGUCCUCAGUGUCCCUUAAGCGAGGUCAUCGUAGUCCCACAAGAAUUGGUAGAUGCACCUGUCAUAAAAGAAACUCAUUAUGAUCCGGUCCAAACUGGACAGAGAAAAAUAACCGUGAAGUGGGAGUAUGUGCGCAGUCAGGAAGUGGAAGACUACAUCGUGACAGUCCUGAAGGCAUCUGGAGAACCUGCUGAAGAAAGCAGUUAUUUGCUCAAAGUGCAAACUGUCACUUUGUUUCUGAGCUAUUCUGCCUACAAACUCAGCGUCAGUGCCUUCAACAAAGCCGGACAUUCGCCUGCUGCACACUUGGUCAUAGACGCCAUGGAGGAUCAGAGUGAUUUGGACGGAGCAUUUAAGGUUAUUCUGAACAGUAAUAACAGCUUCAGUCUUUCAUGGAAUAACACACUGUCCAGGAAAUACCCUUGCUAUUCUGUGGAGUGGUGGACGAGCAAUGAGAAAUUAUCUUAUGAAAUCUUCUACGUCAAGAAAAACUACUAUACUAUCCAAACUCAGAACGUUGCAUUUCAGCCCUAUAAGAGAUACCACUUCUUACUGCAUGCCAGGAAAGAAAAGGACACCUGCAACCUGAAGAAAGUAAAUAACAGUGAUCAGACAUAUGGAAAAACCCAGGUCUACCUCACUGAAGGAACUCCACUCACUGCUCCUAGGAACGUGAGCAGCUCUAAGGUUACCCAGAAUUCCUUUGUGAUUACAUGGAGUCCGGUGCCUGAAGAGGACCUGCGUGGCUUUCUGCAAGGUUACAUCAUCUACUACACACAAGACAAAAGAGAAAAAAAUAUCACAGUGGAUCCUAGCAUGAACAGCUAUGAGUUGCAGAAUCUGCGAAGUGGAAGUACUUACUGUUUGCUACUGUCUGCCUACACGGCUGCAGGGGAGGGAAAGAGGAGUGGAUCUAUGUGCUUUGAUACGUUGAACUCGACGGCUAUUGGUGGAAUGUUGGCAGGCGUCACUGUAAGUAUAGUUGCCCUGCUACUUGCCACUCAUCUGUGCUUUCGGCUUUUGAAAAGAUCCAAGAAACUUCUAUGGCCGAGUAUACCCAAUCCCUACAACAGUAAUGCUGUACAGGAAAUUGAAGGCGGUCAGGAACUGGAAGUGAUGGCGCUUUUGUGCAAGCCAAGUGAGGAGACGGAGGAACACGUGUCUGUGCUGGAGACCAAAAAGGAGACACAUUCUACCUCCAGUGUCUUUCAGGACUGGACUAAGACUUUCCUUAUGCCUAAUACAGUUCCUCCUCUGGGGGAUAACAAACCUCCUUUAUCUGCUAUAAGUUCAACCACAAUAAACUACACACCUAAUGAGGAUUUUCCCAGAGACAGUAAACAUAAAGAGCCUACAGAAGAUCUACCUGUUGAAGCUAAUAAUAUAGCGGACCUACCUCGAGUAUUAGACACAGCGUCCAUCCCCACAGCCGUAACAAACCCAACAAGUGUUUUUACGAGUGACUAUACCACCAUGGAGCUUUUCCAGCAGAUCACCAAGACUGCACCUGCGGCUCCUUCCAGCUCAGGACCAACGUCUUCCAAUCCAGGUCAGGAUUACCUCCGCCAGCCGCUCUCUUUAUCCAAGGACACAGGAGGCGCUCUGGAUCAACCGUAUUUCGCAGACGGCACUGCAAAUCCAUUUUCCUAACUGUAUUUGGAUAUUUUAAGAAACCAUGUUGCU